AGAAUCUAUCAUGGCUGUGAAGGCCCAGAUGCCAUGUAUGUCAAAUUAAUAUCUUCUGAUGGUCACGAAUUUGUUGUCAAAAGAGAACAAGAACUAACUCCGGGAACAGUGAAGGCCGUGUCGAGUGGGCCAGGUCAGUUUGCUGAGAAUGAAACCAGUGAGGUCAGUUUUAGAGCGAGCCUUUCACACGUGCUAUCAAAAGUAUGCAUGAAUUUUACCUGCAAGGCUCACUGCACUAACAGCUCCACCGAGACGCCCGACUUCCCAAUUGCACCUGAAAUUGCACUGGAACUGCUGAUGGCUGCCAACUUCCUAGAUUGUUAAA